AUGGCUAGCACCAUCGUGCUUAAGGUUACCGGGCCAGUGCCGUUGCCAUUCAACAACGCCGGCACCGGCGACGCCGGCGCGGACGCCGAGAAGAAUUAUCCCCGAGUGAAGGAGUACGAGAGCUUGGCCUCCGCGCUCCCGAGCAACCCGAAGCUGCGGCUGCGCUGCUACCAGAGCACCUGGGUGCUGGGCUGCUGGCGCCGUGGGUGCCGGGUAUCAUGGCCGUGCAGUGCGGGCUGUUCGCGCCGCGCCGGGGCGACGUGGUGCUCGCGAGCGCGCCCAAGUGCGGCACCACGUGGCUCAAGGCGCUGGCGUUCGCCACCAUGGCGCGGCGCACGACGCGGCGCACCCGCUCCUCCGCCUCAACCCGCACGACUGCGUGCCGUUCAUGGAGAAGCUGUUCGCCACGGGGUGGGGGAGCCGGGUGGACGCGCUGCCGUCGCCGAGGCUCAUGGCCACGCACAUGCACCACGCGCUCCUGCCCGCCUCCAUCGCCGCCAACCCCGACUGCUGCAAGAUCGUCUACAUAUGCAGGGAUCCCAAGGAUAUGGUGGUUUCUAUGUGGCACUUCGGCAGGAGAAUGCAACCCAGCCUGUCGUUCCUCGACGUGUUCGAGGCUUCGAGCCCUGCGACGGCAGCGGUUUGAGCGGCCCCAUCUUGGACCAUGUCCUCGGGUACUGGAAUGCCAGCAAGGCGAGCCCGGAGACGGUGCUGUUCCUGAGGUCCGAGCACAUGCGGCGCGACCCAGCCGGCGGCACCAGGAAGCUUGCCCAGUUCGUCGGGCAUCCGUUCUCGGAGGAUGAGGAGGCGGCUGGGGUCGUCACGGACAUCGUGACGCUGUGCAGCUUCGAGAAGAUGAUAAACCUCGACGUCAACAGGCCAGCAGGCUCGUCGUCGGCGUCUCCCGUCGGAAUGGUGCUGGAAGGCACCUUCGCUAAUGACUCCUACUUCAGGAGGGGCGAAGCAGGAGAUUGGGCCAACCACAUGGCGCCAGAGAUGGCCGGACGUCUGGACGCCGUCAUGGAAGAGAAGCUCCGUGGAUCUGGCCUCUCGUUCUCGUGA